AUGAGCCGGAAGGUCAGUUUGUUUACUGUCAGGGAAGAACCAAAACCAAAAUCGAUUCUGAAGCCCUUACGCAAGUCUUCGAACCAACCCGAAAAAGAAGAGCCAUCAAACGUUGAUAAAAUUCCCUCCACAAUCUACAGUGUCAUUGCUGCAAAAAAUGUUUCUAAAGGAUUAAAAGAGAAAUCCAAGGAUUUGAUGGUCUYGAGAAGGAAGCGAGGAGAUUGGGGAGAGUACGAUUUAGCGCAUGCGUGGUCGCCCGAGGAUUUUGCAAAUGAUGAUGGCCGCUCAAGUAGAAACACUGUCAGUAGACUGGAACGAGAAGAAACUAGCGCUAGUGAUUUCUUUGUUAACAUGCCGAGACCUUACGUCAUGAAACCGGUGAAGCUUUUCCAGGAAUACAAAGUUAAAGCUAUAAUCAAAGAUAUCCUGGAAGAAAAUCUUGAAAACAAAGUGUACGACCCCAACCAAUGCAAACAGCUGACCGUACAACUUUCAGACCAACUAAAAGAGCGAGUCAAACGAUUGCGUUACCCACGUUACAAAUAUGUAUGUCACGUAAUCAUCGGAGAUGUGAACAACCAGGAUGUCCGCAUCGCAAGUAGAGGUGCUUGGGAUUCAUCUGUAGAUAGUUAUGCAGUGCAUGAGUUUAAAAACUUUACAUUUUAUGCUGUCGGCAUUGUAUUUGCAAUAUAUUGUGAAUAAGUAGAGCGACAGUACAGGAACGCUUUCGUGCAUGCGCCGUGCAUUUUAGCGCAGAAACUCAGAUUUGCGACAGGGCAGAAAAACGACAACCCCGCUCACGAUUUUUUUUAUUUAACUGAGUUUAAUACUCCAAAUGUUUAAGCGUUUAAUUUGUGUUACUGCUGCUUGAGACUUGUGACGAAAUAUUGUCGAAUUAGAGUAAAUCUACUUAUUAGUAUUCACGAAAAUGUCAGUUUUUUU